AUGGAAAACGACGAUCCGAGGCCAGAGGACUUGCCAGAGGACUUAACGCCUUUCAUUACUCGAACAACCAUGGACCGCGUUAGCGCAGGUGGAUUUGGUGAUGUUUGGAAGUGCAAUUACAAUACAGAUGGUAUUUCAGCACUCGUUGCGGUCAAGGCCUUCAGGGUUUCAGAGAGGGAUGGUUUGGAGAAGAUCAACAGGAAUAUUAGCCGAGAAAUUGGCAUUCUGAGGAUUCUACGCCAUAAUAACAUUGUACCGUUGUUGGGUAUAGCGACAGGAUUUGGACCAAUGUCAGAGUUGCGCUGCUUGGUAUCUCCAUGGAUGCCAAACGGCACGCUGAAUGCCUACCUGACAUUUAACCACGACAAUUUAACAGUCCUGGACCGUUCGCGUAUGCUAGAGGAUGUCAGCGCUGGACUUUGCUACUUGCACUCGGAGUCUGUGAUGCAUGGGGAUAUAACAGGGGCAAAUAUACUAAUCGACAAGAGAGGCCACGCAAGGCUGAUUGAUUUUGGUCUCUCUACUAUUGUCCAGCCCCUUCUCGGCCAGUCGCACUUGGCUAUAUCAUCUGUACGCCCAGGUGCAAUCCGCUAUGCAGCACCAGAACUCGUUCUAUCAGAGAAUGCCCAUGAGUUGCCAGUGCCGUUAGAAAAAGCUGAUAUCUACUCUUUUGGUUGCAUAAUGCUUCAAGUUCUCUCGGGUCGACUGCCUUGGUCCGAGAUCCGGGGGGAUGCACUCAUCAUCAUUACGAUGUCGCAAGGUCGUGGACCGCAACGCCCCGAUGGUCAUCCUGCCAUAGUAGACUUGGAUUGGGACUUCAUCCAAAAAUGUCUUUUAUUCGAACCCGAGCUUCGACCUUCAGCACAAGAAGUGCUUGACUUUGUCAUACAUAGGUUUUCCGCCCCAGACUCUUGUAGUAGACCUCCUGACGAUCCUCCGGAUGAUGCGCAGGAUGAUUUUCCUGGAGCUUCUCCGCCCGGCAGUUCUAGUGACUCGGAUAUAGUAGAACAACCACCCGACAGUCCAUCACCCCACCCUGAUCAUGAACUGAAAACUUUGACUACGAUGGUGGAUAAGUUCUCCGCCUCCGCCUCCGCCUCCACUUCCACCUCGAGUACUCCUGCACAUUCCGUAUCACGUUUCUCUUACAAAUACAACUACUUAAGCGGUGAAAUCUCUGGGUCCUCCACUACACCCGGGCGUGUAAGUUAA